AUGAAGAGGCAUUUGGAAAUAUAAAAUAUCUGUAAAUUCAUAUAAGAUUUAAAGGUGAAAGAAAUAUUAUUGACAGCAAUUACAAAAUUACAAAAAUAUACACAAACUAAAGAAUAUAUAGUUCUACAGCAAGUAAUAAUUACAGCCAUUAAAGAUUUUGUCAAGUUAUCAUAUUUAAUUUGUAAAAUAGAGAAGGAGACUUCCUAAUUACAAAAUAGUAUUGCUAAUAAAAACAGUAGAAUCUUUUUUCAUAGUUGAUAAUUAUGAACCUUAUGUCAAUGAUAAGAAUAAAAGAUUUUAAGAAGAAUUAAGGUAAGUCAUCCUUUGUUAAUAUUUUGGUGUUUUUCAAAUUUUUAUCGGUGCUGCAAUUAUGUUUUAUUUUUCAUUUUUAGAUUCAUUUAUCCACUAAGAAAACGAAUUUAUGAAGGUUUACUUAAAAUUUUCUUUAUAGAAAUGUUUAUCUUAGCAUUAUGGGAUUAGAUGUUCAAAUUUAUGAUUAGGGUAUAAACAAAAUAAAUGAUCGUAUAAUAGUUUAAGAAAGAAUUUUAAAUUGAUUUUGGAGGUUUGCUGAAUUGAUAGCAUUAUUCUUUUUUUCGUUUACACCACUAAAAUAAUUAUUUACUUAAAAUAAAAGAAUUGUCAAAUUUUAUGAAGGUAUUUAAAUAGUUCCGAAAGGAAGAUUUAAAAGUCAUUUUAAAUUGAUGACUUUCAAUAUUUUGCAUAUGUUUGAAUAGGAGUUGGUUAGAAUUCUAUAAGUAAUAAUUGGAUUGUAUAGAGAAAUUUAGAUUUUUACAUUUGUUUGA